AUGUCUUGUUACCAGCUGGCAAUGUCAUACAGUUAUUUGUUGCCUCAAAGGGUCAACAUCGCAAUAAUGGGCUUUCUCGCUUUGGUUGUUGCAUAUACAAUGCGAGCUUGUUUGGCCGUGGCAAUUAUUGGAAUGGUUGAGCCGAUGAAUCGAACAGCAACUGAAAACAGUAGCAUCUGUCCGAUGGUAGAAGACAGAUUUGACAGAUUUGGAAAUACAACCGUCAAUGCAAACAAAACCCUAUUCACCUGGACGCAAGUGGAGCAAGGAUGGGUGUUGAGUAGUUUUUACAUUGGCUACGUGAUCACACAUAUCCCUGGUGGCAUUUUAGCCGAAAAAUUCGGUGGCAAAUGGACGCUGUCAUUGGGCAUUUUGUCAACAGCCAUUUUUACUAUUCUAACACCAAUCGCCGCGGUUCAUGGUGGUUUCAUAGCAGUAAUCGUUUUGCGUAUCUUGAUGGGCCUCGGUGAAGGUACAACAUUCCCUGCUCUCAGUGUAUUGCUCGCUGCCUGGGUACCGGAGAAGGAGAGAAGCAAACUUGGUUCAUUCGUUUUUGGAGGCGGUCAAAUUGGCAGUGUUUUAUCUUAUUUUAUAUCCGGAUUGCUCAUGCAGUAUUUUGUAUGGAAUUAUGUGUUUUACUUCUGGGGCAUCAUUUCGAUCGUUUGGUUUAUCAUAUUCUCGCUCCUCUGUUACAGUGACCCAGCAUCGGAUCCACUCAUUACGGAUAAAGAGCGUGACUAUCUUACAGCUGAGAUCGGUAAACUAAAGCGUAGAACGGAUCUACCACCGACUCCAUGGAUAGACAUUAUCAAAAGCAUACCAAUGCUUUCUCUCAUUUGCGCACAGAUCGGACACGAUUGGGGAUUCUACAUUAUGGUUAGCGAUUUGCCUAAAUACAUGAAAGAUGUUCUGUCAUAUCCAGUUUUUGAGGUUGGACUAUACUCCUCUUUGCCAUACAUAGCGAUGUGGCUUAUAUCAGUAAUGAGUGGUUGCCUAAGCGACUAUCUCAUUGGUCGUGGUUUGAUAUCCAUCACAUUUGCACGCAAACUGUUCACAGCUGUCGCCGCAAUUUUCCCUGGAAUCUUUAUCAUUGGCGCUUCUUAUUCUGGAUGUGAUCGCUAUCUAGUUGUUGGUUUUUUCGUCACUGCUAUGGGGAUCAUGGGCACAUAUUAUCCCGGUAUGAAAGUCAAUGCAUUGGAUUUAAGUCCAAACUAUGCCGGUUCCUUGAUGGCUCUAACGAACGGAAUUGGCGCAUUAACUGGUGUUGCAUCGCCUGUUUUUGUCGGUUAUAUGACUCCAAACACUUCGCUCACCGAAUGGCGCACGGUAUUUUGGGUGACGCUGGCAAUUUUUCUGGUAACAACAGUUGUUUAUUGCUUCGGAGCAUCCGGUGAAAUUCAACUGUGGAACUAUCCCCGCGAAUGGAAAGAGCCUGAAGAUAAAUUAGAUAAAAGCGAAAAUAGAGAAAAGAAAAGCACGUAA